AUGGAUGAAAUCGAACGGAUCGUCCGGCAAAUCGGCCAACAGCAAGGGGAAAACAUUUACUACCGAUCAUGCUACUCUCUUUUCAAACGUUUGCAGGAUCUGGUCGCUCGGUCUUCCGAUGACUUGCAUCGAAUUCAUCAGUCUGGACUUGCUGGAUCUCCCACUUAUGGAUUUGAUCCCGUUUACCAGACUAUUCAAGAGCUGAGAGUGUCAUUAUACGAUAUUAUUGACCAAGCUUGCGAUGCACAAUCGGCUUGCGAGGAACUAUGUCCCGUCGACCCAUCGUUUGCUGCGGUUGACGCCUUCAAAUCCCUCGGGCGGCUGCACGGCCAUAUGUAG